AAGGAUUACUACAAGAUCCUUGGGGUCUUGCCCAAUGCCAAGCCUGCUGAAAUCAAGAAAGCCUAUCAUAAGAUGUCGUUGAAGUAUCAUCCCGAUAAGAACAAGGAGGAAGGAGCAGAGGAGCGGUUCAUGAUGAUCGCCGAGGCGUAUGAAGUGCUCUCCGACGAAGAGAGGAGGCGAGCAUACGACAACAGAGGGGAGUUCUACUUCAACUACAAACCUCCAGCAGAGGAAAAGCCGACAAAGGCGUCUGACAUGAUGGUGACAUUGGACGUCGAGCUGCUCGACCUCUACCUCGGUAGCGAGUUCAACGUCUCCUUCACACGGCAGGAGGUCUGCAGCCACUGCCACGGCUCCGGGGCAGCGCACAAGCACGAUAUCUUGCCUUGCCCUUUCUGCCAUGGGUCAGGAUUCCGAUGCUCUCACUCCCCACUCGGAAAGUUUUGGCAGUUCAUGAAUACCACAUGUACGAGAUGUGAUGGAACGGGGAUUUUGGUGAAUUCAUCGUGCCCUGUCUGCGGGGGCAACAGAGUCUUGCUGAAGCAGGUGAGGUGGGAGGUGGGAGCUGAUGAUGCGCAUGUGAAGAUCACGCUAGAGAAUGAAGGGGAUCAGGUUCCUGACUUGUUCCCCGGCUCCGUCCACAUCGGCCUGCGGGUUAACGAGCAUAAAGAUUUCUCGCGAAAGGAGCACGACCUCUACUAUAAGACCAACAUCUCCCUCUUCGAAGCUCUUCUUGGGUUCGUCAUGAACAUAACACACCUUGACAACCAUUCGGUCGAGAUAAAGCACGAUGCUGUCUCUACCCCGGGGAACAUGAAGGUGAUCGCCAACGAGGGUAUGCCGAUCCCAGGAGGAGGAGGGACAUUCGGCGAUCUUGUUGUUGUGUUCGACAUCGAGUUCCCCAAAAAGCUCAACGAGGAGGAGAAGGAGCUUCUUGGAUCGGUG